AUGUGCAAGCACGAGAUGUACGCGUGCCCCACAUCUUUAACCCUUUUCUCCCGUGUGCUAAUCUCGUCCUCGUCACGCAGCAUCGGCGACUACUACAGGGGCUGCGGUCACUUCCACGGCCGCUACGAGACGGGCGAGAUUACUGAUUGCGGCCAGGCCAAGUGCAAGACGAGCAAGUCCCACAUGCACAAGACUGCACCCAACUGUGGCUGCCCCACCGUCAUGUCCGAGGACCGCCGCGUGCAGAACCUCUAUCAGACCCCGUACCCGGACUGCCAGAGGACGACGCGGUGA